CUUUGGUGUUCUUCAGCCUUAUCCAAAUUUUCUGUUCGCAAUGUUCUUCGACUCGAACCAGGACAACAACUGCUCAAGACCUGAUUCAAUCUGCUCGUGCGACACUGGGAAUGACGAUGAGUUAUUCGACUAUCUGAUCAGGAAGUACACCACGACACAAAUACAGAACAAGCUCAAAAACGCUCGUCGUAACUCUGGUUUUUCGUCACGGUCUGGAUUCAGCUCAAGAUCUGGGUCUAGCUCCAUUUUCUCCUCAACAUCAUCUUCCAAACGCGGAUUCUCACGCUGUUCCGUGCACAGUGCUAGCAACCCCACACGUCCCCAGUAUGAUGCAGAACUGCCGUCCUGCAGCGAAGAACCGCAUCCAGGCACUAGAGUCAACACUGAUGCUGCGAGUUUGGGGCCGCUUACACAACCAACAAGCCAACAAACCAAACAGAACAAUCCCUCAAAACAAUACCUAUGUCCCUUUUGCGCCGAGUUUAAUAUCGAAAACGGGAUCUCAAGAGAGGGCGAUCUGGUGAAACACUUCAAGACCUAUCACAAUACAAACUUUCUAUGGAUCUGCCGAGCCGGUGGCUGUGGACUCUCUUUUGAUUUGCAAUCGGCUUACAAGCUUCAUUUAAACAAUGGUCAACAUCUGACUGGACCACUCUCACAUGGUUACGAUAGGGUGCUACUGCAACCCCAAGUUGUGUUCGCCUGCGGCUUCGAUGGUUGUAAGGAGGUGUACGAAGUUGACCCUAUGAAUCCAGAUGCUACGCAACCUUCCAAAGACUAUUUCUCGCACGUGGUGGAUCACAUGAAGAAAAUAAAAAAUCGAAAAGUCCAAUGUCCGUGGGAGGAACCAAUAACCUGGAGCUAUUCAACUAGGAUGUGCAAUCUACUCCGCCAAUCGCAGGUUAGGACCUUCUGGAAGGCCGUCAACAAAGAAGUCAGAAACAAGUUAUCGUGGCAGAUCCAGUACUCGACCGUUCUGCGGAAAAAGCUAGAGUGUAGAGAUGUCAAAGAUGCUGCACUGAUUGUUCAAGUAGCCCAAGAGCUAGGCUCACGGCAGUUCUCCCAGAAAUCCAGUCAACACCGCCCAUUGAGUACGCUUAAAUUACCUACCUUCGAUGAUAGCGUGGCCUCCAAGCAGCCGGAAGACCAUGGCCUACUUGAAUACUUCAACGUGCACCUGCCAAGUGAUAUGUCGGCCUUGCCCAAUCCUGAAUACCCAGCUCUUGAGGUACCAAAAACGGUUUCACGCCAGCCACCUUUUCCAGAUUUGGAAGGUGUCGUUCUUCAAGGAGCCCACAGCUGGGCAGAAAAUGAAGCGAACACUCCGUCCCUCGCCACCCCGCAAGGCGUAGGCACAUUUUGGGCAACACCCCACUCAGACCUACAUGCCCAUGCUUCAACGUACGUUCCUGAAAACACCUCCUUUGGCUUUGACUCGGGAAUAGACCCAGAAAUGGUUUCCCAAUGGCUCCCUACCCAAGUCCAAUGGUAUGACUCUCAGAAAGACGUUUCAAUGGGAACUCCCCCUCGAUGAACGACUUCCGGAGCUCGGCAUUGAGGCAUUAAGCUUGUAUGUAGACGCACGAACGACUACGAGCGAGUUGCCUAGGUAUCUUCAUGUGUUAGUAAACCAACAACACGAAGUGCAAGAACAAAAUAUCCCAACGCUGUAGAACCUGCUUCCAGUGUUCUAGAUUGCAGCGAUUGUCUGGCCUGCAGAUCCACAACAUGUUUCCUCAAGGAACAGUAACUGCACCGGCUAGCCACGUUCUUGUUGCGUGAAGGCAUAUUCAGUCUUCACGUACCGGACAGAAAGUUAAGUGUAGGAAGAAGGGACGAGAGAACGGUUGAAACGAGGCGUUUUCAGCUAUGAGCGAUGUAUAAAUCUGUGUAAUUUUAAUGUUUGU